CUGCGGCCCGCGCAGAGGGCCCUGUACCGGGACGUGAUGCGCGAGACCUACGGCCACCUGGGCGCGCUCGGACUCCCGGGCCCCAAGCCAGCCCUCAUCUCUUGGAUGGAACAGGAGCUAGAGGCCUGGAGCCCCGCCGCCCAGGAACCUGAGCACGGGGAAAAGGGAGGAGCUCCGAGAGGAAACGCGGCCAACGACCAGAAGGAAAGAGCCGGAGUGGAAGGAUCCGGAGACGAGCCGUCGGAAGGGCUGGUGAAGCCCAGUCCUGACCCCACUCCCCACCGAGCCCGGCCGAGGGCACAGCCACCCCUGCUGAAAGCUGCCUGGGACCAGAGCACCGGCGCGCAGCCCGCGGCCCCGGAGCCCAGCGCGGACGCCCAGGCCAGCCAGCGGCGCCACGUGUGUGCAGACUGUGGCCGGCGCUUCACUUACCCCUCGCUGCUGGUCAGCCACCGGCGGAUGCACUCGGGCGAGCGGCCCUUCCCCUGCCCCGAGUGCGGCAUGCGCUUCAAGAGGAAGUUCGCUGUGGAAGCCCACCAGUGGAUCCACCGCUCCUGCUCCGGGGGGCGACGGGGCAGGAGGCCCGGCAUCCGAGCUGUGCCUCGGGCCCCGGUCCGAGGUGACCGGGACCCACCGGUGCUGUUUCGACACUACCCAGACAUCUUUGAGGAGUGUGGAGGAGCCUCCCUGAUCCAGCUCGGAGCCCUCCACGCCCCAUGCCCUUCUUUCCUCCGCGCCACUUUCUGGCCAGAUUCCAGAGGCGAAGAGAAAAGACACAGGGAAGAGGUUGGGGCCCUGGAAACGGCCCUUUUUGUGGCAGCUCGGCCACCCGAGCUGAAGGCUCUCAAACCCUCUCCUGCUGGGUCUCCUGACGGCUUGGAGCGCCCACCCAGGGCACCUCGCCGCGGCCGCCCCCCACUCUGUGCCCACCCUCCUGUCCCGAGAGCAGACCAGCGUCACGGCUGCUAUGUGUGUGGGAAGAGUUUUGCCUGGCAUUCCACCCUGGUGGAACACCUCUAUACCCACACGGGGGAGAAGCCCUUCUGCUGCCCUGACUGUGGAAAGGGCUUCAGCCAGGCUUCCUCGCUAAGCAAGCAUCGGGCCAUCCACCGUGGGGAGCGACCCCACCGCUGCCCUGACUGUGGCCGGGCCUUUACUCAGCGCUCUGCUCUUACCACCCACCUACGGGUCCACACGGGUGAAAAGCCCUACCGUUGUGCCGACUGCAGCCGCUGCUUCAGCCAGAGCUCUGCCCUCUACCAGCACCAGCGGGUCCACAGCGGUGAGACCCCUUUCCCCUGCCCGGACUGUGGCCGCGCCUUCGCCCACGCCUCGGACCUGCGGCGCCAUGUGCGCACCCAUACGGGCGAGAAGCCUUAUCCAUGCCCGGACUGUGGGCGCUGCUUCCGGCAGAGCUCCGAGAUGGCCGCCCACCGGCGAACCCACAGUGGCGAGCGCCCCUACCCCUGUCCCCAGUGCGGCAGGCGCUUUGGCCAGAAGUCUGCCGUGUCCAAGCACCAGUGGGUCCAUCGGCCUGGUGCCGGUGGGUACAGGGGCUGCCAGGGGGUCACUGGGUUGCCGGUGACCCUGGUUUCUGGCCAAGGGACCCUGGACCCACCCGUAGGCUUCCAACACUACCCAGAGAUAUUCCAGGAGUGUGGGUGACUGGCUCGAAGGUGAGCAGGUAGGUGAAGGUGAAGAGUUAGACGCUGCCUGAGGCCCAGGGCGGGCCUCAGGGCCUGAGCCUCCCUGGCAGCCUCCAAGGAGGAGGAUGUCAGGACUCUAGGCAAGAGCUGGGCAGCUUGCCUGAUGAGGUCAGUCUUGUCCGCAGCCAUCACCAGUUUGCUGCCGCUGUGCUAGGACUGCCCCAGACUCGAAUCCCCAUUGGCUGAUGAGGCGAUACCCCCUGCUGAGGUAGGGACCCCCGCUGGCCUCCACUCUGGGGAAAAGAGGCUGCUCAGCUCAGCAGGUUAGAGAAUUGGAGUAGAAGAGGGCCUUAUCUCACCUGUUGUCUCCUUUAUUGCAGAAGCUAAAAACAGAUGGCUCACAUACUGAAUCAACCUUCAGCUGACACCCUGUAC